CUCACAUAUUUAAUUUCACCUAAUUAUUAUUAUUAUUAAUUAUUAAUUUAUUAUUUUUUAGUAAUAUUAACCAAUUAUAUAUAUAUAUAUAUAUUUCACUAUCUUGCAAACUAGCCAUGGCACCAAUGCUCCAAGAUAGUGAGAGCUCGAUCAACGGCCGUCGAUUGCCAUCUCUUAAGAUCAAUAGAGAUUCACACGUCAUUCAAAAGCCGCCGUCCUCGUUGCCAUCGUCGGCGAAGCGCCAACCGGUAAUUAUAUACACAAAAUCACCGAAAGUGAUUCACGCGCAAUCUCGCGAUUUUAGGGCUUUGGUUCAAAAGCUCACCGGAUACAGGCCGUCGGAUUUGGAAUCCGAUUUGGAAGCCGCAGACUCGAGUAAAGAUGGGAAUUCGUCGAAUCCAGAGAAGGACAAAAUUGAUGUUUUUAGAUCGGAGCAAAAUGAAUCUUGCUCGAUCCUGACCACAACGGCCGCCGUGGAGAUCAAGCAAGACAAAUCCAACAUUUCUUCGACCUACACGGCGCCGUCGUCGUACUUGAUUGAUCCGAUGAUGUUCGCGUCUGAUUCGAGCGAUUUUUUUUGUCCUUCUAUUAGUAAUUCGAUGUUUUCAUUUUCCGGCCCGGAGAAUUCGUUGUCUCCGACGAUGAUGGAUUAUGUAGACGGAUGUAAUGAGCACAAUUAAUUUAGGGUUCGUCGAUACAUUUUUUGUAUGGCAUUUCGAUUUAGAUUUUAGGGUUUUGGAAAGAGAUAAAUCGGAUGGAUGGAGGGAAUAAUUAUUUAGUUAGAUUUUAAGGGCGAAAUGUCAUAUAAAGAGGAGAUAAUAUCCAA